AUGAGCGCUACCCUCGAAUCUCAGACCGAUCCUGCGGGCAGUCCGGCCCCUAGUGCCACCGGCUCAACAGGAACCUCUGGCAUCACCGUGCGCAAUGGUGCUGCAGGCCAAGCGCUCAGCUUUAGAAGACAACGUGCAUCACGCGCGUGCGAGACAUGCCAUGCUCGAAAAGUUCGCUGCGACGCCGCCAGCCUAGGCGUGCCCUGUACCAACUGCGUUGCCUUUUCCAUCGAAUGCAAAAUCCCCUCCCCUAAAAGAAAGAAGAACUCUUCCUCCAAAUCAAAAGACGACGUUCGAUAUGACAGCCCACCCCACACAGCCUCCUCGCUAGUCGACGCGGCGGUCGCUCACUUCCGGCCCUCCAGCACCGAGGACUCCGCCGACAACGCACAAAAUGACCAACGAGGACCAUCUCCAGAAUCGGAUCAAAAGGAUGACACAUUUGGAUACCGCAAGAAUCGCAUGGCCGUCGAUGGCAUGCCUGUCACGGACUUGUCUGAAGCGGAGGCCGCUCAGGAGGCUUCGGCCAAUAACGCCUAUGCCCAAUUCAUGAAGCCCAAGUUUGCACGGGCGCCCAUCAAAGAAGCUGGUCGGGUCGCAUAUCUUGGCGAAUCAUCCAAUUUAUCACUACUGGUUCAAGACCGCCACGGCACCACAGAUGUCGUGCACUACCCGCUCCCACCGAAUAUCAGAGGGUCGCGCGCUCGCUUGACAGACUUGGAUAAUUUGGAAAUCGAAAUUCUACACCAGCGAGGAGCAUUCUUGCUACCGCCGAAGCCACUUUGUGAUGAGUUGGUUGAUGCGUACUUCAAAUGGGUGGCGCCGGUCGUCCCGAUCAUUAACAAAAGUCGUUUUAUGCGUCACUACCGCGAUCCGAAGAACCCGCCGUCACUUCUAUUGCUGCAAGCCAUACUGCUGGCAGGUUCGAGGGUUUGCACGAAUCCUCAACUUAUGGAUGCAAAUGGCUCAACCACUCCGGCUGCGAUGACCUUCUAUAAGCGGGCCAAAGCGCUGUAUGAUGCUAAUUAUGAGGAUGACCGAGUUACUAUCGUUCAAGCAUUGGUGCUUCUAGGCUGGUACUGGGAAGGACCGGAAGAUGUAACCAAGAACGUGUUCUACUGGACUCGUGUCGCAAUGGUGGUCGCUCAAGGAUCAGGAAUGCACCGCAGUGUGGAAACAUCACAGCUCAGUAAACCUGACAAGAGACUCUGGAAGAGGAUUUGGUGGACACUCUUCACUCGUGAUCGCUCGGUAGCCGUGGCUUUGGGUCGACCCAUUGGGAUCAACACAGACGAUUCGGACGUUGGCAUGGUGACCGAGGACGACUUUAUCGAAGACGAACUCGAUGUUGCAGCCGAGUACCCGCCAGAUCCGGUGCAUGUCCAGUUCUUCCUGCAAUAUGUCAAGCUCUGCGAGAUCAUGGGGUUGGUGCUGUCUCAACAAUACUCCGUGGCGUCCAAGUCACGGCGCAUGAAUGCCAUGGACCUCACACACUCCGAUAUGGCCUUAGCCGAUUGGCUACAGAACUGCCCCAAGGAGGUCUGUUGGCAACGUUCUAGGCACCAUUUCUGGGCCGCUCUCCUUCAUUCAAAUUACUACACCACGCUUUGUCUUUUGCAUAGAGCCCAUAUGCCACCGGCGUCCUCUGCCUCUAACAGCUACAGAGUCGAAGAAAUGGCGUAUCCUUCACGUACAAUUGCAUUCCAGGCUGCUGGAAUGAUGACCUCGAUCAUCGAAAAUCUACACAACCACGGAGAGCUUCGCUACGCCCCAGCAUUCAUUGUUUACAGUCUGUUCUCCGCUCUGAUCAUGCACGUGUACCAAAUGCGCUCUUCUGUUCCAUCGAUUGUGGCAACUUGCCAGGAGCGUAUCAAUGUGUGCAUGGGAGCGCUGAAGGAUGUUUCCAAGGUGUGGUUGGUAGCGAAGAUGGUCAAUACCCUGUUCGAGUCUAUCCUGGGCAACAAGAUUUUAGAAGAGCGACUCCAAAAGGCAGCAGGCAGACGGCACCAGCGUCGGCCGCAUGACCACUCAAACACAGCUGCUGCUGCUAAGAAACCGGAUCCACCGAAGCGAAAGUUUGAUGAUAUGGACCUGGGAUUGCCAAAUGGUGGACCCACGCCUCCCGUGUCGUAUGAACGAUCUCGCCCACAAACCCCAGCUGUUACGCCCUCUCAUGAAUUGAACCAACCUCCGCUAGCCCAGGUCUCACCCAACCUGCAGCGCGGUCCUGUGGAUCCCAUUGUGGGAACCGCUAAUUCACGAAGCAAUACUCGACCUACGACCCCUUUCAACGCUCAAUUUUCUCUUCCCGCUACACCACCCGACUUUUUCCUUGUGACCCGUGCCUCGCCCAAUCUGUCUCCAUCGUUAUGGGAGAACUUCCAGCCUGAUCAACUUUUCCCUGACGGCACGGCGAUCUUCCCAGAGCUGACUUCCCCGCCUCCGCCCAUGGAUCCACAACUGCCUAUGCCCUCAAUGGCGCCCCAGAAUAUGGGCCAGCGGCCUAUGGGCAAUCCACAACAGCAGCCCGUUCCCGGACGCAACAUGUCGGGCUCUCAAGGAAGCCCUCAGAUGAUGCCGGGUGUUCCUGGAGGAAUGGGAAUGCCACCGGGUCAACAACAGAUGUUCGGAAUGGAAGGACAACCAUGGCCGAUGCAGGGCAUGGAUGGAACGAUGAAUGGUGCAGCGCUGGACGCCGGCAGCCAAGAUAAUGACAAUUGGAGCAACAGUUCACGCAGUGGACCGACUGCGCCUACGACAUUGAAUGUGGAAGACUGGUUUCAAUUCUUUGGUAUCAAUGGUGGCUUCGGUGAUCUGGCUGCAUAG